AUGAAGCUCUUCUCACAAAUCGUCAGCCAACCAACGCCCAUGGCUGCGCCUGUUGUUGAGACGGGACAGCAACGCCUCAAAGGAAGAUUAGUCCUGGACGAGCUACCUGUCGAGAUUGUCGUCGAGAUUGCGACCAAUCUCGACUUUGAGGGGUUCGGUAGCAUGUUGGCUGUCAGCAGCUUCAUGAGGUGCAUCUUACAGAAAUAUUGGAGGUAUAUCCUGUCUUCCAUCAUCGAACGGGAGUUCACGCCUGUGGGGUUGUUUUUUCAGGCAUUUGAAACGGGGGAGGUAACUGGGGUUGGGAAUAGGUCUGCGAGGGAGUGGUUGGGCCGGUUGACGGGGGUUGGGGGUGGCCGUGAUGGGAGGGAUAGGGAGAUGGACCGUAUCAUGAACUUUUGCCGGGGCGUCAAACUCUGGGAGGCGGAAUUCCAACGGUUCAGAUUCUACGACUGUGAUGUUGGGGAGAUGAGGUUGAUGAAUGGGAGGGAAAGGGAGCGGUUUAGGAGGGGGUUGUUUAUUUGGGAUUGGUUUGCGAGGGUGCAUCAUGCUGGACGGCAGACCCGACGGACGGCGGAGCCGGUGGCGUUUAUGAGGAGGUUUUCCACUACGGAACUACAUGAGUUGAAUGAUGUCUGGGAGACGGUUUGGGCUGCGGUGGGGAGGGAGGUUUGUCCUUCUGUUACGGCGGUUAUGGAGGUGAUUGGGGAUAGGUCGCUGGCGGAGAGGAUUGGGUGGGGGGAUGGGGAGGAGAAUAGGCAGAUUUUGGGGACGGUGAUGAAAUUGGGGCCGGGGGAUUUGCUGAGGUUGUUGGUGGGGGGAGGGGGGGGGAUUGGGGGAGAGGGGGGUUGGAUUGAGGAUACUACCGAGGCGUUGAGCAUGGCCGUCUUGAGUGUGAGGCAUGAGAGGGAGAAGAUGAUGGGGAUGGAGAGGUCGCCUUUUCCGGUGGAGGGGUUCCCUGGGAGAUACGGAGGUGUGCUUGAUCAUGAGAUGGAGGAGAGUGAGGAGCUGAGGGUGGUUCAUGGUGCUGAUGGGGGGAGGGAGGGGCCUUAUUCCGGGCGAUAUAUACGUGGCAGUGGGAUUUUUCUUAUUGGGGGCGUCAGGGUUGGCAGACUGGUUGCGGGUACGGACUGAGAAUGGAUUGGUGUAGCUGGGGUUAUAGAACAGGACGAGAUUCGUUGGUCUCUUGGUGAUCAGCUUCAGUCGAGUUGUUGAUGUGGGGUAUCUGGUGCUUUCAGUGAAGUGAUAGAAUAUAUCUUAACACACAAUGAACCCAGAAAACCCAAGAAAAUCAUGAUUUCAGUUACUCGGCGA